AUGGUCUACCGCGCAAAAGAUAUUUGCUCUGCUGCGUUUUACAACGACGUACAGCGAUUGCGUCUGCUGGCAACCCAAGGAGUGCCCGGAGGGGUGAUCGAUAACGAAGAGGACCCCUUGGAGGAUGCGGAGGAGGAGGCCAUCGACGCCAACCCGGAGAUGGUGAACCUCCUCGCGCAAUACGAGCUCGGCGCCGCCUCGGAUGAUGACUACGAGGGGGGAAAAAACGACGCCGCGCAGGUGGACGACGACGUGGACGACGAGGAGUUGCAGCAAGCCGACUUGGCGCUUUUUCGUCGGAUUGUUCGCCGCGAGAUACGCGAGGCGGCGCUGGCGCGGAAUCUCAACACCCCUGGGUUGCUCCAGGUUGGUACGAAUCCGGUGGAGAUCACCCCCCAUGGCGUUUUUUUCUCCAUCCGUGAAGACCCCCAGGGGGGGAGCGGCGAGGCUGGCGGCCCUUCCCAAGGGGAAUCCUCACGAGACACCGGGGAAGAGGCCGUCAUCCCCCUACGGGUGAGUUGGAAGCCGAGCAAACGAAGUCCGCUGCGGGCCUCCCCGCUGCACUGGGCGGUGCUCGGCCGUUCCCACGAGGCGAUUCGGCUGCUCAUCGAACUCGGCGCGGAUGCCCGGCAGGAAAUUCACCAGGACGUCGGCUUCACCCCCGACCUCCUUCCCUCCCCCACGAUGAACCACACGGCGGAGCGAGGGGGGUGCCCGAUUCGCGGGCUCACCCCUGAAGAACUGGCGAUCGCGAAUCGCUCCGACGCGACUUUAAAAGUCCUCCGAGCGGCGGUCGCCACGCGAAGUCAAAUCUUGGAGCGGCGUAGUGAAGAGAAGCAGAACAUCGAAGGUCGCCUGGAGCAGCGAAAGGCGCGGCGGGAAAAAGAGCGCCUGUCGAGAGAGCAGCGUCGGAUGCAGGAGGAGGAGUUCGAGGAGAGCGCCUACAGCGGCAAUGGGGGAUCGGAGGAACCCGAACAGUACUACCACACCUAA